AUAAAAGGGUCCAGGGCCGGCUGCAGUCGGAGUCCAGUGGGCACCAUGAGGAACGCUGGAGAACAAGUAGGUCUCCUCCUGUUCUGCCUGAUGAUCGCAAUCCAUCGAGGGGCACAGGAGUCCUCCUUCCCAGAACUUAAGGUGCUGGGCCUAGAUGGCAACAAUACAAUAGCCAUUGUGCGGGGGAGUCCAGGCUUGCCAGGACCACAAGGGCCACGGGGCCCCCCUGGCAUUCCAGGGCCCAAAGGUGAAAGAUGCUUGCAAGGAAUCCAUGAGAAAAUUGGAGCCCCUGGGCCAAAAGGAGAAAAAGGAGACCAAGGACAACCUGGAGAGAAAGGCGAGAAAGGUGACCCAGGAGAAAUUGACGAGAAGAAGCUGGAGGCGUUUAAGUGCAAGCAAGGUGCCCCAAACUGCAAAGAGCUCUUGAAAAGAGGAGUGGUCCUGAGCGGCUGGUACACCAUCUACCCACAGGAUUGCCAGCCCCUGGAGGUGCUGUGUGACAUGGACACGGACGGAGGCGGAUGGAUUGUCUUCCAAAGGCGGUUGGACGGCUCAGUGGACUUUUUCCGGGACUGGGCUGCCUACAAGAGGGGAUUUGGAAACCAGCUGACUGAAUUUUGGCUGGGGAACGACAAUCUUCACCGCUUAACCUCGCUGGGAAAGAAUGAAUUGCGUAUUGACCUCACUGAUUUCGACAAUAAGCAUUCCUUUGCCAAAUAUGCGUCUUUCCAAGUGGCGGCAGAAUCCAAGUGGUAUCGGCUAACUCUGGGCGCCUUCACGGGGGGCCCUGCAGGUGACUCACUCUCCCAGCACAACAACAUGACCUUCUCCACCAGAGAAAAGCAGCAGGACCCAAAAAAGUUCAACUGUGCUGAGAAGUACCACGGGGCUUGGUGGUACCACGACUGCCACCACUCCAACCUCAACGGGAAAUACUGGCUGGGAGAACACAAGCCUCGUGGGGAAGGCAUCAACUGGGGGACUGGGAAAGGCGCCUACUACUCCUACAAGCUCUCUGAAAUGAAAAUCCGGCCUGUGGCUCCUUCAGUUGAUGGGGCUCUUUUUUUCUGAGGGGUUUCAGUGGGCAUCUAGUCCAUCCCCUCAGCUUUUGAUUGGCUACCUUGAUAGAGAACUUGCAUUUUACAAAAUUCACAUGAUUAAAUGAUCCUGCCGAAUUGUAGGGGAGGCGGUUUUUCUAUUUGUCCCCCUUCAGGUCCACUGGAGUUGGGCAGCCCAUGAAUAUUAAUGAAAUAAAUAAAAUUAGGAUCUUCAACCCAGCCAAACAUCUCGAAGUUUGC